ACGCACAUCACGUCUGUCUAUUUGUCACUAGUGUAGUUUUUUCCUUGUUAAAACUCGUACAGAAUGGCGAGUGCAGUGGCUAAAUUAACGAUUAAAAGUGGCGUUAUAAUCGCCCAGCGGUCGUGUGUGGGCGUGGCUGUUGGCCGAUCAGCCAGAUUCGCCAGCACUACUUCGAAAUCCAUUGGAAUUCCGGGACACAAAUCGCGACGCCUGCUGACAUUUGUAGGCGGUAGUGCCAUUUCCUUGGCCGCCCUGGCGGCAUUCAUAAAACUGCGAUCUGCGGAAAAUCCCGUGAAUGCAGUUAGCCUUAAAAGACGCAUGCGCGACGAUAUCGACCUGGAGAAUGUGAAGCUAACGGCUCGGGAGCGACGCUUCAUCAAGUUCGCAUCCGUGGAGUUCGACGAUCAGCUCUACAUGACCCCGCAGGAUUUCCUAGACUCCGUUGUGGAACAGGAGCCCAGACCUCGAUUGAAACGUCGGCUGCUGUCCAACGACGAGGUCGACAAAUACAAGGAUGGCACACCAGCUUUGAAGAAGGGCUCAACCCGACUGUUUCGCAAUUUAAGAGAUAAAGGCAUUGUCUCCUAUACGGAAUAUUUGUUCUUGCUCUCCAUAUUAACAAAGCCAAAAUCUGGAUUCCGCAUUGCCUUUAACAUGUUCGACACCGACGGAAAUCAACGGGUGGACAAGGACGAGUUUCUAGUGAUAAUUUCCAUUUUGGCCGGCGCUUUAAAAGACACUCAAAAUGUCGAUCCACAAACCAAGCAAAUUCUAUCGCGUUUAGUUUCCUACGAUGAGCAAAGUCAAAUGACGAAACCGAUGGCAGUGCCACAAACCAAGAGGGGUCUUAUGGAGCGCAUUUUCAGCGGCGCAUGGAAGGAGAAGCACGGCGAAAAAGAGCCGGAAGAGGAGCUCGAACCUUCAGCGCCCACUCCCCUGGAGCAGAACUUUGUGAACGAUGGCGAGGGACUGCAGCGGCGUCACAUGGUGGCCACCACUCUGCAGCUGCACUUCUUUGGGAAGCGAGGCACUGGGGUGAUCAACUACGACAACUUCUACCGCUUUAUGGACAACCUGCAGACGGAGGUGCUCGAACUGGAAUUUCACGAGUUCUCCAAGGGCAACCAAGUCAUUAGCGAACUGGACUUCGCUAAGAUCCUGCUAAGGUACACGUAUCUGGCCACUGAUGAGUAUGAUGUCUUCCUGGAGCGCCUGCUCGAGCGGGUCAAAGAUGAGAAGGGUAUAUCGUUCCACGAUUUCCGAGACUUUUGCCAUUUUCUAAACAAUUUGGAUGAUUUCACGAUCGCCAUGCGCAUGUACACCCUGGCUGAUCGGGCCAUAUCGAAAGAUGAAUUCUCGCGCGCUGUGAAAAUCUGCACCGGCUAUAAGCUAAGUCCCCACUUGAUCGACACCGUGUUUGCCAUCUUCGAUGCGGAUGGUGAUGGUAUGCUGUCCUACAAGGAGUUCAUUGCCAUCAUGAAGGAUCGCCUGCAUCGCGGCUUUAAAUCUGUGGCCAAAUCGGAGGGCUGGGAUGCCUUCAAAUACUGUGUGCGCAACGAGAUGAAAACCAUGAUGAAGUCGGCCAAUUAAAAAGGACAAAUACGCAGAAAUAGCACCAAACAACGAGCAAACAACGCCAAAGUGAAACAAAUUUUUGUUACAAAAUUUUUCUUCUAAAGAACCAAAAUCUCUUGUAUAGUAAUAGUGUUUAUAUCUGUUGAUCCCUUGAACUUAUAAUGAAUUUGUUAUUGAACUAAGCUCCCAUUUCUUAUAGCCAAAAUUCUUAGAAAUGGUUUUAUAUUGGCAGUUACUUGAUGCCACCUUGUUAUACAUGUAUAGCGAAAAUAAAAUUGUUUUGUAAAAUUUGUAUUAAAUUUUUA